GUCAGGCGCUCUUGGCUCGGAGAGGCCAAGGGCCGCCCGAGCUGGCCAGCGUGCUCCCUCACUAGGGCCGCCCGGGACCCACCCGCCUGCCUGCCUGCCUGCCUGGGCGUCCCCUGGAGGCCGAGCGGGCGGCGGGAAGCCCGGCUGGUGGUGGAGCCGAGCGCGGGAACCUUCCUCCCCCGCCCACCCCGCGCAGCAGCGUCUCAGGCGCCACCGCCGCCGCCUGCAAUGGCGUGCAAGAGCCGAGUCGGAGGAGGUUGCUGCUGCCGGGCAGGUUGCGGGCGGCGGCAGCAGCAGCAGUGCUGGGAGGUGGUGGUCCGGUGGACAGCACGGCGGCAGUAGUAGCCAGAGCAGCAGGAAGAGAAUCGGAGGGGGAUCGAGAGGCGGCGGGGCUUUUGGAACUCCGACUCUCCCGGGUAAGGUGCCGCGGUUACAUCAACAUUCUUUUGAAAGACAUCCAGUUUCCCACUUGUUUUUGUUUUUGCUGGUACCCAUAUCUGGAGGAUUGUCAUCUGCCUAUAAGUAUGGCCUUGGCAGAAUCUAAUGUCCUUUAAGCCCCUCAUCCACAAUCUCAACUGGGAGGAUACAGCGGCCACUAUGUAUGUUGGUUUAACAUCCCAAAAAUAAACAUGAUGAAGACAGAGUGUUCAGGGGAAAGAUCCAACCUCCGAAGUGCCUCUCCUCACAGGAACGCUUAUAGGACUGAGUUCCAAGCAUUGAAAAGCACCUUUGACAAGCCUAAGUCAGAUGGAGAACAAAAGACUAAAGAAGAAGGAGAGGCUUCUCAGCAAACCAGGGGGAGGAAAUAUGGAUCUAACGUCAACAGGAUUAAAAAUUUAUUCAUGCAAAUGGGCAUGGAGCCCAAUGAGAGUGCUGGAGGCAUGGCAAAGACCAGAAGUAAAGGUGGACCCCUAUCCCCCCAAAGAAGAAUUAGGCCAAAAGAGCUUGUGGAGAAGGGAGAUGGUUCAGUUGUGAAGUUAGAAUCUUCCGUUUCAGAAAGGAUUAGUAGGUUUGAUUCUAUGCACGAUGGUCCUUCUUACUCCAAGUUUACUGAAACACGGAAGUUGUUUGAAAGAAAUACUCAUGAAACAGGGCAUUCAAAUCGCUACUCCCCAAAGAAAGAGAGAUCCGUUUCUAACAGUGAUCUUCAAGAUGACUGGUGCAGCUCUAAGUCUAACAGAGGAAGUACAGAUUCGCUGGAUAGUCUUAGUUCAAGGACAGAGGCUGUUUCUCCAACAGUGAGCCAACUUAGUGCAGUGUUUGAAAAUACUGACUCACAACAAAAUGUUCUAGAAAAGACAGGAGACAAUGAAGAGUAUUCUGUAACUGGCCACUAUCCACUAAACCUGUCUUCUGUGGACACAAAUCUGUCUUCCAGUGUUGCAAACCUCGACGAUUUCAGCCCCAUAAAAGACGCCAAUGCUUGGCCUCCGUCAGCUAAACAAAAUACCAGCUCAGCACCUGUUGAAAACUCUGAGCAGAACAGUAGUAGAUCACCAUCAGACAAUGAAACCCCCCAAAGCAUUUUGCCUUUGUCAAAAACAGGUGGAAUACAAAACAAGGAUGUGUGCUACGAUUCUGUGGAUGCCUGUGAAACGACUAAACAAAAGUCCGUGGGUGGACUUGAUAAACAAAGUUUGGGUGAGAACUGUACGAGCAGUAAGGCAAAAAUAGAGCCUGAAGUACCACCUUUGCAGCAAAAAAAGAUCUCUGCUGGAGCUGAGACUGCAGAAAUAUCAGGAAACUUAAUAGCUAGUGAUGACAUCACAGUCACUGAAGCUUCGUAUUCUGUUGGCUCCCACUGUGAAGAUACAAAUGGAAAGGAAGAACAGGAAGACUUGAAUAACUUUCAGAGUUCUCAUGUGUAUAUGCACUCUGAUUACAAUGUCUACAGGGUACGAUCAAGAUAUAAUUCUGACUGGGGGGAGACGGGAACAGAACAGGAUGAUCAAGAAGACAGCGAUGACAACUGUGAUUACGAACCUGACAUGGAAUGUUCUGAAAUUAUUGGAUUGCCAGAAGAAGAUGAAAUCCCAGCAAGCCGAAAAAUUAAGUUUAGUAGUGCUCCAAUUAAGGUUUUCCACACAUAUUCUAAUGAAGAUUAUGACAGGAGAAAUGAUGAAGUAGACCCGGUGGCUGCAUCAGCAGAAUACGAACUAGAAAAACGUGUGGAGAAGCUGGAGCUUUUCCCAGCAGAGCUCGAAAAAGAUGAAGAUGGACUUGGCAUCAGCAUUAUUGGAAUGGGAGUUGGAGCAGAUGCAGGCCUUGAGAAACUGGGCAUUUUCGUCAAAACAGUAACAGAAGGUGGAGCAGCAGAAAGAGAUGGCAGGAUCCAAGUAAAUGACCAAAUUGUAGAAGUGGAUGGGAUCAGUCUGGUUGGUGUCACACAAAAUUUUGCUGCAACAGUCCUCAGAAACACCAAAGGGAAAGUCAGGUUUAUAAUUGGCAGAGAAAGGCCAGGACAAGUAAGUGAAGUGGCUCAGCUGAUUAGCCAGACCCUAGAGCAGGAACGUCGCCAAAGAGAGCUUUUGGAACAGCAUUAUGCACAAUACGACGCAGAUGACGAUGAGAAUACUGACAGAGAAUGUCAUGGAACCUCAGGCAACUACAAUAAAAAUAACAACUGUUACCUUAAAAAGACAGGAGAAUAUGCCACAGAUGAAGAUGAGGACGACAUGGGGCCUGUCCUUCCAGGAGGUGAUAUGGCCAUUGAAGUGUUUGAGCUUCCCGAAAACGAUGACAUGUUUUCCCCGACAGAAGUGGACACCAGCAAACUGGCUCACAAAUUCAAAGAGUUGCAAAUCAAACAUGCAGUUACAGAAGCGGAGAUUCAGAAGCUGAAGACAAAGCUGCAGGCAGCUGAGAAUGAGAAAGUAAGGUGGGAGCUGGAGAAGAAUCAGCUUCAGCAGAACAUUGAGGAGAACAAGGACAGGAUGAUGAAGCUUGAGAGCUACUGGAUUGAGGCACAAACCCUAUGUCACACCGUCAAUGAACAUCUGAAGGAAACUCAGAGCCAGUAUCAGGCACUGGAGAAGAAAUACAAUAAAGCCAAGAAACUGAUCAAGGACUUUCAGCAAAAAGAACUUGAGUUCAUCAAGCGACAAGAGGCUGAAAGGAAAAAAAUAGAAGAUCUGGAGAAAGCCCACUUUGCAGAAGUCCAAGGUUUACAAGCUCGUAUCAGAGAACUGGAAACAGAGGUUUUCAGGUUACUGAAGCAAAAUGGGAGCCAAGUUAACAAUAACAACAACAUUUUUGAAAGGCAAACAUCCCUUGCAGAAGUCCCAAGAGGCGAUGCCAUGGAAAACCUUGAUGCAAAGCAAGUGUCUUGCCUGGAUGCCUUAAGUCAAGAUUUUAAUGAAGCAGUUCCUGAGACAGAAAGGCUGGACUCAAAAGCACUGAAGACUCGAGUUCAGCUUUCAGUGAAGAACAAAAGGUCAAGACCAACUAGAACAAGACUGUAUGACAGUAUCAGCUCCACAGAUGGAGAGGACAGCCUUGAAAGAAAGCCUUCGCGCAGUUACGGUAUUCCCAUGCACAUUACCAAAUCACCUCUGCCUAUGUGUGUGAGAGCCUCCUCACCAGCAUCAGAUUCUGGUGCUUCCUCCCUUUCCCCCGUGGCUAGCAGUGCAUCGCUUGCAUUUGACAACGUAACUGGAAACCAGGACGAAGUGCGGCCGUACACGAGUGUUGUAUGUUCCCAUGGAGAUACUCCACUCUCCUCACCUUCAAAAUCCUGUCUGAGCUACGAAGCUUCACCUGUGCGUCAUCCAACCAGCAGGAGUAUCUUCCAUGAUGAAGAUGGUGCCACAGGUAUACAACCCCCAAGAACAUCCAGCCCUUCUACAGGGCAUAUAAGGACAAUAAAACAAAAGUUUGUGAACUUGGGGGCUCCCUUGAGUAGGAGUUCUAACAAAGGCAAGAAGAGGAGAGAGAAGGAAGCAAUUAGGGUCUCUACUGGCUGCAGGACAACUAAGGAGCUGUUGGAGUGCUCAGCAAGUAGAGUGUCUUUAAUCAAGCGAUCCUCCUCUCUCCCACAUAGUCCUAUUCCAUUUGCAUGGUAUGGAGAGAGCAGCAGGAGAUCCAAUUCUUCCAGCAAUCUGCCUUCACCUACCAGCUCAACUGAUCCUUCCUCUGAAAAUCUAAGUCCAGCUAAAAAGGGGUCCAAGAAUUUCACUUUCAAUGACGACUUCAGUCCCAGCAGCACCAGUUCAGCUGAUCUGAGCGGCUUAGGGACAGAACCGAAAACACCAGGGUUCUCACACUCCAUAGCACUGUCAUCUGAUGAGAGCUUGGAUAUGAUUGAUGACGAGAUCCUUGAUGAUGGACAGUCUCCCAAGCACAGCCAGUCCUUCAAUCGCGCCUUUCAGGAAUGGAGCGUGCAACAGGUUUCCAACUGGCUAAUGAGCCUGAAUCUAGAACAGUAUGUCCCUGAAUUCACUGCCCAAAAUAUAAACGGAGAGCGUCUCGUUCAGCUGGAUGGCAGUAAGCUUAAGGCCCUUGGCAUGACAUCUUCCCAAGACAGAGCUGUCAUUAAAAAGAAAAUUAAAGAAAUGAGAGUGUCUAUAGAGAAAGCUCGCAAAGCUCAAGAGAAGAUGGAAAAGCAAAGGGAAAAACUUAGGAAGAAAGAAAAAGAGCAGCUUCAGAGGAAGCCCCGGAAGCCGGAGAAGCGCUCACCAGAUCCAACAGAGGGAGCUAAUGAGCAGUGAUGAAUAAGAGUUGAUGAUUAUUCUAUUAGGAACCGGGGAAGAGGCUUUUCAGGGAAGAAACUCAAAAAGCGAAUCUUGUUUUCCUUCCCUACCUCCUUGUCUUCAUUACACAGAGCUCUGUACUCAUAUCUGAGGCUUUAACUAGAAUAAAUAGGGGAAAUGAACACUGUGUAGCUACACUUUCCUGCAGUUGGUGGACAUGCUGGUACUUUUGACCUACUCGGCCGGCUGCAAGCCAUGACUGCACUUUGAAUAUUUCUCAUAACUGGGCUGGCAAACCAAGUCUAGGCCAGCAUUCAGAGCCUUUCCCUUUCCCCACCCCCACUCCAUCCUCUCAAUUGCCCUCCUUUGCAUUGUGCUGGUUAUGUCUGGCCCCUUCCGUGAAAUCGCCAUAGGACGCGGUAGGACGCAGCUUGCUGUGUACUGUAAACUUGAAGAUCGCCCCCAGAAAUGGGCAACGCUUGAGAAGCUUUCACUGGACCCGUGAAAGUGCGCAAACUGGAGUCGACUGCGUAUCAGUGAUCGUUUGUUUUCGCGGGAACAGCCGCCCCGCUUUGACACCUCAACCCCCCCCCCCCAAUUCUCUGAAGCGGAGCUCGGUUCACAGCCAAGCUCAGAGAGGUGAUGCUGGCUUCAUCUCUACAUCCAUGGUUUCAAGACUUGAAACAAUACAGUGGAGAUGACAGGCAGCAGGGUCAGAGAGGGAGGCAAUCCUUUAUAUAUAUUUUUCCAUUGUGAACUACCCAGCAGUUUAGCUCAAGAAGGAAGCAGGGCCUUAACUUGCUAAUAUGAGAGCAGAGAGUAACAUUUACCCUCUUAGCAUGCGGGUGAGGCUAGGUUUCUAAUACUAGGUUGGGCUUGUGCUAGAACUUUGGAAUACAGUUUUCCCUUUCUUUUCCUCGGGGUUGGGGGGGGGGCGUCCCUAGCUACUCUUUCCUGUAGCAUGCUAUAUGAGAUUCCUUUUUUCAACUGAUAACCCUUGUUUCUUUUCUAAGGAAUAUGCCCCACCCAUUUUCAGCACAGAGCAUGGGGGGUGGGGUGGGGGGCUGAUGAGGGGCAAGGGGUGGAUGGGAGCAAAUAUGAGACUGGCUGGUUGCAGACCUGGGAUUUAGCCUGCUGAAAUUGACUUGCAGAAUGAACCCUAGAGUUAAGACUAAAAUGUUUACUUAAAGGGGGGGGGGAGAGAGAGAUGCCAAUUAAGACAAUGUGAGUUUCAAAAUUAAACACUGUCCCGUUAGUAGAAUGAUGCAGUGGAGAAGAAAGCGAAAAGGAAUCCCAGUAUUGCAAUCGAGACUUUUCAGUAAAUGAUGGGCAAUAGCCUCAGUUCCCUUUGGGGGUGUUGCACAAAUGCAGAGGAUCUGAUUCCAGCCACCUGUUCUGUGGUUAAUUCAUUUCUGGUUAGCUCUUGGUGCUGCCUUUCACAGAACUAGGGACUUAAGAUUCAACAGGCAGAAAAUUGGGCUCAAAUGAUGAAUGCAAUUAAAGGGAUUCUGUUAAUCAUUUGUACAUUUUAGCAGCCAGAUUUACUUUAAAGCCUACAUUGGAGUGCUGCUAGCAAGUCCCAUACAGUGCAGGAGGUCACAUUGUCAUUUCAGCCAAUGAUAGUCUCUCCCCCCCCUUUUUUUUCUUUUGUACAUGUGUUGCUACAUGUGGCUCAUCUCUCUGAUGACUUUUUGCAUCCCCCAAAGCCCAGUGCAGGUUCUCUUCCCCCCCCCCAUGUUUCCGAUACAUCAUUUGAACUGAAAAUCUGCAGCUAGAAUAACAAAGAUCUGCAGUCAAGGACACUUGUUUUAGAUAUAUUGAUGCUUUGGGGAGGUCAUCACACCCCGUAUGACUGGAGAGAGGGCACUUUUUAGGCAAUGAAAAAAAGGCUUCUCAAGAGGCAAAUUCAAUAGAAAACUCUGAUGGAAAUCUGGUCAGAGUAGUGUUCUUUGGUUUAUUUUAAGAGGUUAAAAGGUUUUGUUUAGAUAGAAAAAAUUAUCUGGGAGAAACGAGAUGUACUAUUUAUAGCUAUGAAUGCAUUAAGGUUAAAUGCAUUAGAUGCUCAUUUUCUCUUUUAAGUUAUGUUUACAUGCUUGUAAUUUAAACUGGAUGUAUAUACUAGUAACAUCUAUGAGCACAUUCCUCUGCUUUACAUUAUUUAUAUCCUCUCUUUUGUUUUUCUAAGAUCCCUGGGGGGGGCUAUAUUGCGUUGUAUAUUGAUUUUUUGCAUCCCUGCUGUUUAGGACCAUGUAAAUUGGGUUUUAUCACCGCAGAUAACUACUUUUGAUUUAUAUCCCGUAAUUGUUCUCUUUCUUCGUUUAUUGCUUGGUGGCAAUUUGGGAGUCGAGCACUGAAUUUUAAUCUGAUUUUUUAAU